AUGGCUUCUCUUGUGCUGGUUGUGGCGACGGUACUGAGCCUGGCGCAGCUCUCCGCGGGGAGCAGCAGGAGGCUGAUGGAGCUGUACAUUCCUCCGCCGAGCGAUCAGCUCACCGACCACCACGGCGGCGUGCUCAGCGGCGACAUCCGGGUGACCACGCUCUGGUACGGCAGCUUCACGUCGGCGCAGAAGUCAAUCGUCUACGACUUCCUCCUCUCGCUCAUCACGGCGCCGAGCGCGGCCACGCCCUCGGUCGAGCAGUGGUGGGGCACCAUCGACCAGCUGUACCUGUCCAGCGCCGCCGCGUCGGGGACGCGCGUGCUCCUCGACGCUCGGGCGGAGGCGUCCGACGAGGCGUACUCGCUGGGGAAGUCGCUCACGCUAGCCCAGAUCGAGCAGCUCGCCGCGCGCGCCGGCGCCAAGAAGGGCGGCAUCGCGCUGGUGUUCACCGACCAGGACGUGGCCGUGGAGGGCUUCUGCAGCAGCCGGUGCGGCAAGCACGGCUCUGCCGCCCCGGGCGCCGAGGCCGGGUCCACCUACAUCUGGGUGGGCAACGCCGUGAAGCAGUGCCCGGGGCAGUGCGCGUGGCCGUUCGCGCAGCCGCUGUACGGGCCGCAGGGCGCUCCCCUGGUGGCACCCAACGGCGACGCCGGGAUGGACGGGCUGGUGAUGGUCCUCGCCGCCAUGAUGGCCGGCACCGUGACCAACCCGUAUCGCGACGGGUUCUACCAGGGCUCAAAGGACGCGCCGCUGGAGGCGUGCACCGCGUGCCCGGGCGUCUACGGCAGCGGCGCCUAUCCGGGCUUUCCCGGGAACCUGCUGGUCGACCAAACCACCGGGGCCAGCUACAAUGCCAACGGCGUGAACGGGAGGAAGUACCUGCUCCCGGCCUUGUACAACCCGGCGACGUCCACCUGCAACACCCUGGUGUAG